GUCGGGUUUAUUAUUUCAACCACCUGACCAACGCCAGCCAGUGGGAACGUCCCAGCGGGGGGCAGGGGGAGCCCAGCAAGGUUCGCUGCUCCCACCUCCUGGUGAAACACAACCAGUCCAGGAGACCCUCCUCCUGGAGGCAGGAGAAGAUCACCCGAACCAAAGAUGAGGCUCUGGAGCUGAUCAACGAGGAGGUUCUGCUGGAGAUGAAGCUGCUGGAGGUCUCCUCAGCUCCCUGA